AUAGCAACUGCUUUCUUUUGUUCACAACUCCACCUCGUUUAAUUGUGUAUUGUUUUUACUGGGGUCCUAGCCUGCCGACUGCAGACAGCCUGGAGACUCUUGUAGGAGGCGAUCAAGCGAGACUCCCUUCUCUUUAAGGGAGCCGGAGCACACCUGGCUGCGUGCACGCGCGUGUGUGCAAGGAGCCCCCAGCCCAGCCUCCCAGCCAGGACAGGGCGGCUGGCCCGGCGCCUGCGGCGGAGGUGUUAGCCAACGGGAAAUUCAUUGGCUCUUCGGCAUCUCUCGUUCGGCUCAGUUCCUCAUCAUCGGCGCGCCGAGAAGAGCGGAGGCUGGAAGCUCGCCGCCUCCUCCAAAGUAGAUCCCGGGCUGGCGCGCCCUUGGGAUCCCACCUGCCUCCCCCCCCUCACAAGGAUCCAUAUUCCGGGGACCCCACCUGCCCCGGCCCCUUCGGAUCCACUUUCUCGAGUGUUUCGCGGCCGCGGUUCUUGCGAGGAUUCGAAAACUUGGCAACUUGUUCGCCGGGCGCCUUCGGAGCGCCCGCUUCCCCUUUUUCUCCCAGCGCAAUUCGGCCCGCGAGGAGCUGCCUUCGUCUCCUUCCCGUCUCUAGCCAGCGGGUCCUGCGGCCGCGCCCGGCGGCUGGGCGCUGAGGCCUCGCCGGGAAGGAUCGCCGGAGCAGAAAGGCAGCAAGAGAAGGGAAAAAAAAGCGCGCAGACAAAGAGGAUCGGGUGCAGAAGCCAGAGCGCGCGGCCGGUCCGAACAUCGCCCGCGGCAACCCGGACGCCUUUCGGUUUCCCCAGCCCGAAAGGAAUUGGCAGCGACUUGCGAACCCUGCUUUUUGCAAGACUUUAAAAGGGUUGGGUUUCUUUCCUACCCUCUUUUUUUUUUGAAUCAGAACCUGAAAAUACGGGAUUUCUAAACCCUUUGAAUCAGAACCACAGCAACUCCGAUUCCCAGCGCCUGCUGAACUAUCCCUCACUCGCUCCAAACUUCGAAAAAAACCCCAAACUCUUGCGAGCAGCGUUACAAACGGCUGGACUUCUCCAUCCCCCCCCCACUCCACUCCUCUUUGGCAAUUCCCUCCCGCGCAAGGAAAGCCGCCGCUUUAUUAUUGGAAGGCGACUUAAGGAAAGGGGGGGGUCGAUCUUGCUUUAAAUCUUGCCCCCUUUUUCCCCCUCCCCUCCCCGAGAGGGAGGGAGGGGAAGGGGAAAAAAAAAACAAGGAUCCCUCGCGAUGGCCGGGAGCGGAGACUCGGCCAGCGCGAUCCCCACUCGGGCCGGUUGGCGUCUGCAGGAGGACGAAGCCGCCUCGGCAACGGUCGCCGCGAGAGGAGCGGCGGUAGAGGGAGCCGGUUGCAACGGCUGCUGCGGCUCCUCCUUAGCCGGCCCGAAGGAAGGGAAGCAAAGCAGCAGCAGCCGCAGCCGCCACGGGAGGGAAGAAGGAGGCUCCUCCAGCGGCGAGAGCGCGUCUUCCCCGAGAAGCAAACUUCCCUGGGUUUUGGGCGCCGGGUCUGUGGCGCUGCUCCUGGCUUUGGGGACCCGCCUGGGGCCGGACGUCCGAAGUAGAGAUCCAGAAGAAAGAGAAGAAGAAGCGGGCGAGGGGAGCCCCCCAGGUCAGCGCAGCUGGUCCCCGCCGCCCGGCCCGGCGCUGGGCUGCUGCUGCCUCCUCCUGGCCGCCUACUUCUGGCUGGGACUGGAGCUGCUGCGCGCCGGGCUCCGCUUGCGCACCGCCCUCCUGCUCCUGGCCGUCUGCUGCUGCGGCGGGGAAGCGCUCGUCGGCUCGGCGCUGGGGGAAGACCGCUUGCUCUCCGCCGCCGCCGCCGGGUUGGGGUUGUGCAGCCUAGCCGGCUGGGCAUGGCUGCUUCUGCCCCGGCUCCGCCACGGCGUCCUCAUGCUGGCUUUGACUAGCCUGCUGCGCCUCACCUCGCUCGUCUUCUUGGAAGGCGUCGGGGCGCCGUGGGGACCUCACCUGCCUUAUCUCCUGGCCUUGCUGGGCAUCCUCCUGGCUAGCUGCGCUCGGCACGCCUCGUCGGGCCGCCCCUCCGGAAAGCGGGAGGAGGAGGAGGAGGAGGAGAGCCGACCAGGAGCGGAAGGAGCCAAGUCUGCUUCUGCCGCUGCCGCUGCUGCAGCCCGGCCGGCUAAAGACGACGCGGCGGCGGGCUUGAAGAGGAGGCGGCGGUCCAGCUCCGUGAUCUCCGCCGAGAUGGCAGGUUGCGGCGGCGGCGGCAAGAGCCACCGGAGGACCUCUCUGCCCUGCAUCCCGCGCGAGCAGAUCAUGGGAUAUUCUGAAUGGGAUCACAAACGAGGAUCAAGAGGAUCUCAGUCUUCGGGUACCAGUAUUACCGUAGAUAUUGCCGUCAUGGGAGAAGCUCACGGACUCAUUACUGACCUUCUAGCAGAUCCUUCAUUGCCACCCAAUGUCUGCAGCUCCCUCCGAGCAGUGAGCAACCUGCUUAACACACAGCUGACCUUCCAAGCUAUUCACAGACCAAGAGUCAAUACUUUGGCCUCCUUCAAUGAAAAUUACGCCGGUUCCGACACAGAAGAAUGUUCAGAGAAGGGAGAAAAGCUUACCAUUCCCAAGCGCUUUCGGAAAAGCCUGCCCCCAGGUCUUCUACGGCGAGUGUCGUCCACUUGGACAACAACCACAUCCGCCACUGGUUUACCCACAUUGGAGCCAGCUUCUGUUAGAAGGGACCGCAGUCCCAGCAUCAAACUUUAUGAUACUUCAUCAUCCAGCUCUGACUCAUGGAACAAUUCUCUCCAGAUGACUCUCACCAAAAGCCGAUCCUUCUCAACCUCCUACGCCAUGUCUGCUGCCAACCAUCUGAAUUCAAAGCGGCCAAGCCGACAAGGUGUCUCCCCAAAUAUUUCACCUCUUGUCUCCCCAAGCCACUCACCCGUCCAGGGCACGCCAGCCAACAGCCCCAUCCGCAGAACCUCAGGAGAACAAUUUCCAGAGUCAACAACCAUGGCCACUGUCCAAGGCAUCAAGCCUCACAAGCUCUUAGGGUGCACUCAGAGCGCCCCUAACCUAUCAGAGCCUGUGGAAGGCACCCCUGUCAUUUGCAGUAGUUGUGGCAGGCCAUACAGCCAAACAGAUCCCAGAGAAGGAAUGCUCGAUAGGAACGAUGGGGCCACACAUACUUUGAACAGGACGGAUGAUCCUGCACAGGCCACCUCCGACUACGAGACGAAUAACAGCGACAGCAGUGACAUUGUGCAGAAUGAAGACGAGGCACUUUGCGCCAAGGAGCAGGCCCAGGCGGGCCCGACCUGCCGGACGUUUGCCCCAGAGACCGUCAUUUUGCAUCCUUUGCUGCCUGUGGAGGAAAAACCUAUCCUUGCCCCCGAGCCUCUAAUAAUGGACAAUUUGGACCCGCUAAUGGAGCAACUAAACAAUUGGAAUUUCCCAAUCUUCGAUUUGGUAGACAAAAUCGGCAAGCGAUGUGGUCGGAUUUUAAGUCAGGUAUCCUAUAAGCUCUUUGAGGACAUGGGUCUCUUUGAAACUUUCAAAAUCCCUAUACCAGAGUUUAUGAACUAUUUCCAUGCCUUAGAAUGUGGCUAUCGAGAGAUACCUUAUCAUAACAGAAUUCAUGCUACUGAUGUCCUCCAUGCUGUCUGGUACCUUUCAUCCCAGCCCAUCCCUGGCCUCCCAACUAUGGUUAAUGACCAUGGAUCAGCAAGUGAUUCAGAUUCAGAUAGUGGGAUCACUCAUGGCCACCUGGGAUACGUAUUGUCAAAAACGUACACGCCAACAGAUGACAACUAUGGGUGCUUGGCAGGCAACAUCCCAUCACUUGAACUGAUGGCCCUGUAUGUAGCUGCUGCCAUGCAUGACUAUGAUCAUCCAGGGAGAACCAAUGCCUUCUUGGUGGCAACCAGUGCUCCUCAGGCCGUUCUAUACAAUGACCGUUCUGUUCUGGAGAACCAUCAUGCGGCGGCGGCAUGGAAUCUUUUCAUGUCCAGGCCAGAAUAUAAUUUUUUAAUCCAUCUUGAUCAUGUGGAGUUCAAGCAUUUCCGGUUCCUUGUCAUCGAGGCCAUUUUGGCCACUGAUCUGAAGAAGCACUUUGAUUUUGUAGCUAAAUUCAAUGCCAAGGUGAACGACGAUGCGGGCAUAGAUUGGACAAAUGAGAACGACCGAUUAUUGGUUUGCCAGAUGUGCAUCAAACUGGCCGAUAUCAAUGGUCCAGCCAAGUACAAAGAUUUACAUCUAAAGUGGACAGAUGGCAUCGUGAAUGAAUUUUAUGAACAGGGUGAUGAAGAAGCCAGCUUAGGUCUCCCCAUCAGCCCUUUCAUGGACCGCUCUGCUCCGCAGUUAGCAAAACUCCAAGAAUCCUUCAUCACUCACAUUGUGGGACCCCUGUGUAACUCCUAUGACUCAGCAGGACUGAUGCCAGGUAAAUGGAUUGAAGAUAACGAUGAGUCAGGAGAUACAGAUGAACACGAAGAGGAUUCCCCAGACAUGGACUCCUGUGACAGCCAUGAAGCAAGAAAGAAAAGGAGGAGAGUCUACUGUCAGAUAACUCAGCACUUGCUGCAGAACCAUCAGAUGUGGAAGAAGGUCAUCGAAGAGGAAGAGAGGAGAGCUGGGAAGGACAAGCAAAGUGGGGAGCCAUCAAUGGCGCUGCACCCGUCCUCUGAACAAAUAGAGGCCAUUAAAGAGGAGGAAGAGGAGAAAGGAAAGGCCAAAGAGGAAGAAGAUCACACAGCUUCAGAAGCAAACCAAUGACAGUGACAGAAAUUUUGUACAGUAUUUGGUGCAAGGACAUCUUGCAUAACAGUUGUUUUUACAAGCCAGCACAACGUUUAGACACAACACUGUAGAAAUACGGGGUAAUUCACCUACAGCUGUUUAAGUUUUCCUUCCUUCUUUCCUUCCUUCCUUCCUUUCUUCCUAUGAGGUACAUUGGUUUCACAGUUUUCAACGGCCAUUUUUACAAACUUUCAAAUACAUUGGAGAAUUAUAAAUA